UGGUUUUCGUAGUUGUGCAAUCUGAAGGCAACAGCAGUCAUCAGAGGAGCUCCUUAACCUACUUUUGCUUGUUUUUUUCGAAUGCUCUCUCUUGCCACCGGUUAAUAGAUUCGCACUUGGAUUUUAAAUAGCAGGAGGAGGAAAAAAAAGCGCAACGUGAGGUCAUCAUAGCAUGAGUCAACCUUGGCAGCGUAUGUGGUCAUCACUCGGGGCUUGCAAAGUACGCUAUUUUUUACAUUUCCCUGUAAACUAGGAGAGGUUGGAAGGAUGACCGCAAGCAGGAUCCUGACAACGAACGAAAAGUCGCUCGAAGGCUGAGACUGACAAAUUGGAGGCAGGGCAGAAUCCAUUGUUACCUUACCUGCUCAAUCAUGAAAUGGCUAAAGACUUGCAUCAUGGAGCUUUUUGAACUGUGUCCCGUUCACACGUGAUUAACCCCACUUGGGAGAUUUCCUUUUUGGCACAAGGUGGCAGAUGUGCAAGGCCAGACUGUGUUUUACCCAAAUCUUGCAGUCCUGUUUUCCUUUUGGGAUUCUUUCCUGCAUCUGCUGUACUGACUUGCUUAAUCACCACUAUGAACCUGCCUCCUCAGCCAAAGGAGAAGGUUUCAAGGGCUGGCAAACGAAUUACAUUUUUUAAUACCACGGCUGGCGCAGAGCAGUUAAAGGAUGCUCCACAGCUGCAAGAAGAAAUGUACUACAGCCAACAAAAUGCAGUUCACAGUGGUCCAGGUGUCAUAAAUGUUUCCGAUGCGUCAUCUAGGUUCUUUCCAUCUGUAAUAUACAGCACUGGGAAAGGUGAUAGGACUAAAGAUCCUAUUCAACAGAUGGGCUCUUUGAAGUGGAGCCAGGUUGGAAAUGAUUGGACUCAGGGUGGUUCUGGUGCACUUUGGGGACAAAAAAUACCUCCCUACCGAAACAAUCCUUUGGAAAGUCAUGCAGGCAAUCCAGGCUUUGGUGUUCAGGUCUUUUCAAACUUGAGUAAUGAGGCUGUACAACAACCUAAAAGAGGUCAGGAAAAGGCACAGCCAGUCCAAAAUCCUGCUAAGAACUAUCGGGGCCCAAAUCAUUCAGACAUGGAGUGGGAACAGCAGCAGCAGCAACAACAGCAACAACAACAACAGCAGCAGCUGCUGAGCAGAUCAGCAGCUCAGUUUCAGCCUUUCCACCAGAGUCAAAAACAUGGUUCCGUACCUUCUCAGCCAGCUGUGGUCCUGCAACCUUUUCAGGUGGCAUUUGGGUCCCAAAAGCAACAGCUGCCACACAGUUUUUUUUCCGUCUUGUCGACUAGGUCUGCUCCAGACAUGGACUAUAUUGGGCAACCUAAAUCUCAUCAGCAGCUUCAACACCACUUGCAACAGGCACAGCAAAACCAGAUUCUUGAUACAAUGUUUCCAAAGUCCCAGCAGCACCUGGCUUCCCAGACAAUAGGACCUCAGACACUUCUCUCAGUGCCCUUGGGGCAGUUUCCUCCUACUAGUUUAAAUUCUGACCUUCAUGUGUAUUCCAGUACUCUGCAAACAGAGCCACCCUCCAACUACCCUCUGCCAAGGAGGUCGCGCAGACUUUCAAAGGAGAGUGUGCCUCCAGUUGCUGCCAGCCAAGGAGAAAACCCUGGAAACCCUUUUCUUCCGUCCUGGAAUCAAUUAGGCACCUCUUUCCAUCCUCAGUCAGUCAUUCCUGUUUCUAGCACUGGUAAUGCUACCAAUGCUUUGUCCAUACAUAAUGGAGCUUCUGAGGACAGGGCAGUCCCCAAAACUGAUGACAUCCCUGGUGCAACUGUUGGAGUAAUCCAGAGCACAAGAAGAAGAAGAAGGUCCUCGCAGGAAGUCAACCUGCACACUUUAGCACAGAAAGCCUCAGAAAUGGAGUCAAUUCCACAUCCAGCCAUGAAGGAGGUGGACGACAAGAGCAGAUCUUCCAUUGCUCUGGUGGCGACAGGUGGCACUGGACGAUUAGAUGGAGAAGGAGUGGUCGCUAAACGACACCGGGAUGAAAACCUGCUGCCCUUGGUCAUCCCUGUAUCUGUGCCAGUAAAACGUGUGACUGAUGCCUCACUUGAAAAAGAUGAUGCGGAGAAAGAUGGGAGCCAGCGGACUGGACCUUCUGACAGAGGGCCACUGGAGCAAAAGGCUUCAGUCAUUGUCACACGGCGCAGAUCCCUCAGGAAUUCCCUCUCAGAAAGCACAAACCAGGACGAAGAAGUUUCCAAAGAUGAUGAAGGAAAAUCUGGAAUUAAAUCAAAACGACGACCACGCCCAGAGCCACUCUUCAUCCCUCCAAAAACCGGGCCAUUUAUUACCCCUCCUGUGUACUCCAAUAUUACUCCCUAUCAAAGCCACCUUCGUUCUCCAGUGCGGCUCGCAGAUAACCCCUUGGUCCUUCCCCCUUAUACCCCACCUCCUAUUCUUAGCCCUGUUCGUGAAGGCUCAGGCCUCUAUUUUUCUGCUUUCCUGUCAUCCAGCUCUAGCAGUCUCCCUGUUCCGCCAGCUGCCACCCCAAAAUCUGCAACACGCAGUCUUCUUCGAUCUAACAGCUCAGAAAUCACACCCCCUAUCCUCCCAAUUAUGGGAGAUGCGACUCCAGUCAGCAUAGAACCGAGAAUAAACAUUGGCCCUAGGUAUCAGGCUGAGAUUCCUGAACUCAGAGAUAGGGCACAAGCACACCUGGAUCUUCACAAGGCUGAGCUGGUGUGGACUCCACUUGAGCAGCAAAAAGUGUACAGCGAUGAACCAGUACAUAACUUAAUGGACCUAGCAUGCUCAAGUGUGCUGCAUGGAGGAGGCACUAACCAAGAACUAGCUUUACACUGCCUUCAUGAAGCAAAAGGAAACAUCAUGGAAGCACUGACUCUGCUUUUGCUGAAGAACCCAAUAUUUCCCAAAAGCCAUCCUCUUGCAGACUAUCAUUAUUCAGGUUCAGAUAGCUGGUCACCUACAGAAAAACAAUAUUUCAAUAAAGGGAUCUCUGCCUACAAAAAGGAUUUUAUCCUAGUUCAAAAGCUGGUCAAGACAAAGACAGUUGCACAGUGUGUGGAAUUUUACUACACCUACAAGAAACAAGUGAAGAUUGGUCGCAAUGGGACACUUAUCUUUGGUGAUUGUGAUACUUUAGAAGGAAAGAAUGUUCAGGACGAUGCUGAAAUUAAUGUAAAGGGAUCACAAAGAUGUGAUGUACCUCAAAGGGAACCUCAUAAAAAUGAGGAAGUAAAUGGGAAUAUGUGGGUUGAACCUUCUGAAAGAAGACAGAACUCUACCCAAGGUCUAGCAACACAAACACUAAGAACUUCAGAAAAUACUGAUGGUAACCAGCUUCCAAGGAGUCACACCCUUCCUUUAGAGACAAAGCCCGAAGCUCCUGGCCAAAUAGUACAGCCACAUCUUUCAAAAACAUAUAGAGAGCCUCCUAUCACUGAAAAAAAGAAAACCGAGAUGGUUAGCAAAGUGCAGGUGCCGGAGACUACCUUCCCAUGUAAAAAAUGUGGCAGGGUAUUUUACAAGGUUAAGAGUCGAAGUGCCCAUAUGAAAAGUCAUGCAGAACAAGAGAAGAAGGCUGCUGCACUAAAGCAGAAGUUGGCAGAAGAACAGGCUGCUGCCAGAGCACUGGCAGCACAAAGGAAUGGUGCGCAGCGUGACACAGGCAGCAGUGAUGAGGAUUCGGAGGAUGGAGAGGAUGACGAGGACGAUGAAGACUGGCACUAAUGGCACACCAGUAAUUAAGAAGCCACCAAUCCCAAAACUGCAAAAUGGCCUUCAAAGGUCAUCAAGGCUUCCCUCGGUCGCACAUGUUAUAGAGGAAUAUUUCUCGCUGCUUUUUUAUCUUAAUUGUUGUCUUACCUGCCUCUGUCAUGGCAAGAUAACCAAUAUUAUAUAACUUUUUUUUUUUUUUUUUUUUUUUUUAAUUUAUUCAAGAGUUGUAAAGAUUGUCAAGAAGAGCAUCAGCACCUAAUCCUCCUACUCCAGUGAUACAGACUGUACAGUACAGAUUUCUGAUUCCUUCCCUCCAUUCCCAGCACCUCUCACUCUUAUAGCACUUUGGGAUGGCGAUGCUUAACUGUGAGCAAUUUAUCUAGUGCUGCUGUUGAUAUUCAGUUACUGGUGAGGAGAGGGCAUCCAUUCUUACUUUAGUUCUGCUGUGCUUUUGGGUUCAAUAGCACAAAAAAAGAAGCCAAGUUGGAAAAUGUAUUUCCACUUCAACAACUGUGUGUUGUGUGUGCUUUUUCUUUUUUCCUUUUUUUUUUUUUUUUUUUAAAUGAUUAUGCCUUGGGUGUUUUUAAGGUUAUUUUGUGCAAGACAAUCAAGUUUUGAAAGUUAUUUUUAAAUCUGAAUAGUCAUUUGUUGUUGUUAUUAUUAUUAUUAUUAUUAUUAUUAUUAUUAUAUUAUUACUGUAACUGUUGUAAAUAGAGCAAGCAAGUUCUCUAUUCAUAUGGCUAUUUUUUGGUUAUCUGAAUUGAAUUUAUAAGUGCAAUAUAAGAGUGAUGAAGAGCAUUUUUAGAGAUAAUGUAAGGCUUGGAGCUCAUUUGUUUAUUUUGCAAAAAAAAAAAAAAAAGGUUUUGGAGAAAAAUACAUAUAUAUAAUUAAAAAAACAGCAACAACUACAGGCAAGUAUUGCAGCUGUAAGUAGCCUUUUCACAUUGAGUGGAAUAGCAUAGUGUGAAAGGCUGACCUGGGGUACUUCAUUUCAUAACAUUAAAAAGGGACAUGCCUAAAGGGAAAGGGGUACACUUAGCACCAGGACAAACAUUCAAAAUUCAGGCAAUUGUUUAUUAUUUAGUGGCUUUUAGAAGUCACUGAUUCAGAAUUAUGAGCACAAAACCUGUUUUUCUUUUGUUGUCAUUUUAAAAUGAUGUUGUAGAGGGCAGAUUAUUAACCUGUGUUGUAUUGAAACGUUACAGAUUAAUGGUCUGUUUUUUUUUCCCCCCACCAUAGCCUUCCCCAUCAAUAAUGCAGUCCCUUUUUCUGUACCAGAAAAAUAUUGAUUAUUGUUCAAUUUGGUAAUUCAUGUUUAAGUGGAAUAUGACAGACCAGUAAUUCACGGUCUUAAUUGUUCUUACGUUAGAAAAUUCUUGAUCCAUGAUGCACUUUAAUCUCAUUCCAGUUAGAAAAUGACAGCUAUUAUUGAUUAGCCCAUCCACUUGCGUAUUCCAAUAGGAAGUACAACCACUCAUGGAAAGAGAGAAAAAUUAGGGGUUCCAUUAAAUAAAUGAGAAAAAUGUUUCUUCUCUUAAAUAAUCCACUCUUGCCAUACUUGUACUCUGAUGAUUAAAGUAGUCAUCAGGAUAAGCAAGUUUGAAAAUGGAUGGUUGGGAGAUACCAUGUUAGUAGUCACUCCAUUUAAAAUAAGUAUUGUUACUACAGAUUAAAUUCAUAUCCAUAAACUGUUUUCAUGUAUAUCCCAAAACAUUUUAGGCUACUUAUUCAAUCCUCAUACUAAGAACAGUACACGAGUACUUCCUUUUUUAUGACAUACUGUAAAUGCUCAUUUGGAACAGAAGGCCAGAUGAAUGAUUUGUUGAGGGGAAAGUAAGUGAUGGGUAAUAAUCAUCUACAUCUAAACCUCUAAUAUGGUGACAUUCUAUUCAUAAAUUGUUACACACAUAACCUUAAAUAUCUCGCUUUUGACUUUGACAGUUUAUUUGUGCUACUUUUUCUGUUUUCACCAUUAGCAGAGCAUCACCAUUGACAUUUGACACCAUUUACUUGUACUGUGUCAAAUCAAUACCCGUUUCUUAGACCUUGAAGUUCAAAGUGUUUUUUGUUGACUGAAAGGGAUGUUGAAGAUGAAUAUGUUACAUAUGAGCUGACAUGACUUAUCUUACAUCUAAAACUUGUUGUACUGCAACACUUGUGUCUGGUACCCUGUCUGAUUUCUGUUUUCUGUUCUAAGUUAUGUUGAGAUGAAGUGGGUGGAUAGUGUACAGCACAUCCUGCCAACUCUGUGCAAAACUCAGAGCAGAAACAGCAGAACUCCACGCUUAUCUGCUCAAGAGCUGCUUUAAUUAAAGUGGAAGUUGAUGGCCACUACCCCAGAAUCUCUGCUUAGGACUCCAGUAUUCCCUGCCGUAAUUCUAUAAUGAGAAGAGAAAAACAAACAAAAAAAGCAGUUUGGGCCUGUAAAUGUUUCAUUUGUUUCUGUUUUGCAAUUAUUUUUCUUUCUUUCCCCCCGACCCCCCAACAACAGAAAAAUGCAUUGCCAAAAUGGCACUGUAAUUAAUGAAAAGCAAAUUAUUUAAAACAAAAGCAAAACAAAACGCUAAGCCUGUGCUUGCUUCUUGUAAACUCAUAAGGGGCUUAAACACAGAAGGUUUAUAUGUAAUAUAUAUAUAUAUAUAUAAAUAUAUAUAUUUAAAUAUAAAAAUAUAUUGUUCACAUUUUAUAUAGUAUUUUGAUAAAAAAAAUUAUACACUAAUGUUACUGUAAACAGGCUGAGUCGUUUGUGUUCCUGCAGUGUAACAUACGUUCCUCCAUUUUGAUUUGUUUUAUUUGUGUUUUAAGUAACAAAAAAAAAAGCCUUUUAUUAAAGCAAAGUUUUGUUGUG